CAUACCCUCAUGGCCGCCUCACACGCUACACUGUGUACUGGAAGGCUAUGGGCACCAGCACUGCGGGAGAAAUCAGUCGACGUGUAGAUCCUCAGUUAACCCAUGUGACCCUCCAUGAUUUAUCCCAUGUUGCUCAUAAGGUUUGGAUAACAGCAGCCACAAGGAAGGGUGAGGGACCACCAAGCAGUGUGGUGAUGGUCAAACCUUCACACUCAGUGGCAGCUGGUGUGUGGUCUGUAGGUGGGAAUGUAACAGCAGCAUGGAGGGAGGAUGAGUCUCCCAUGUGGGGCUGUGGGUAUGCCAGAACCCACCCUAGUGUGGACUCAUAAUGGGGUUGCUGUUCACACCAACAAGGACAGAGCGGUGGUGCAGCGGGAUGGAACACUCAGCCUCAGUGAUCUGCAAAGGGAUGACGGGGGUCUUUACACUUGUACCGCCACUAAUCGCCACGGUCACGACUCAGCCUUGUAUCACCUCAAUGUCUUAGUGCCACCGUCGCCACCAUCUCUACAUGUCAUAGAGACUACUACAUCCUCAGUCAGAGUACAGUGGAAUGUAGAGGACACAGGAGGUGCCACAAUACAGGGGUCAUCGUUACACUACAGGGUGGCAGGUGACCAGUGGACACAGGUUGCAGUGACAGGAGACCAGCGAACCUACACAACUCACAACUUACAGUGUGGCUCACUGCAUCACUUUUAUGUAACAGUGCACAACCAUGUUGGGAGAAGUGAGCCAUCAAAGACAGAGUCUGCACGCACCAAAGGGCGGCCUCCUCAAAGUCCUCCGAAGUUUCAGUUUGUUACAACAAACAGCUCUCAGGCAACCUUGUACCUUAGCCAAUGGAUAGAUGGUGGCUGUCCCAUCACUUACUUCAGUGUUGAGUACAGGAAAGAGUCAGUUGCCACCUGGACAACAGUUGGCACAGAGAUCCCACCUACAAGAACCUAUUCCUUGGGUGGCCUUGAGCCAGGCAAUCGCUACAUGCUGAGGGUCACUGCCCAUAACACUGCUGGGUUUGCUCCUGCUGAGUAUAGCAUCACUACACCCUCCCUUGGCCACUCUGUUGCUGCUGACUCUGGUGUCAGUGUGUGGGGUGGAGCACCAUCCACUUCCUCAGCAUGGCAAGAACUACGAGUAGUGGUGCCAGCGGCUGUCUCUACCCUCACCUUGCUUCUGACUCUCACCACAGUCUUUGUCUGUCUAAGGAAAAGAUCCCCAGCCAGAACAAAUCAAAAGGGAUCUCCUGAAAAUAUGAUUGGCACCACAGAGAAGAUUGGUCCUCAGGAGGAACUGUACACAACUGUGAGGCGACCAGCACCUUCACCACCUCAACAGCAGCAACAACAACAGCCACAGCAACAAGAAUCAAGGGAUGCUCAGGGUGAUUAUCCCCGAGAUGAGUUGUAUCACUAUGCUGCAGCAACAUAUCGGGUGGGCAAUGGUACCCCACCUCCUCCUGCACCUCCCUCGCCGCCAACACAUGCCCACCGCCCGCUCUCCAGAGGGCAGAAAGCAUUCACAGCUCUUGUCUACCAAGCACCUUCUCUCCAUGAUGUUGAUUGCCCCAACCUGCAGGCUGAGGGUGAAGGACGUGUGCCAUGGCCCAGGGUCUCGCCACCCCAUGGGCCUGCAGGGGUGGCAGACUCCCAAAGUGAAGGAUAUGGUAGCCUCAUGAGUCCCAGAGGCCCUUCUCCCCCUGCCUCUGGGGCUCCGCACCAACGCCAUCCUGCCAAGCAUCCCAGGGGCCCCAGAGCCUGCGUGCGGAAUGUGCGCUUCCCAUAGUUGUUCCAUGGUCUUGCCUCCCAGAGGGAACUGGUGUUUCCUUGCCAUGAGCUGAUAGAAACAAAACAAUAAUGAGACAGCCAGAAUGUGAAAGAAACAAGAAAUAAUCAUACAGACUCACUCUACCACCACAGCGUUUUCCACAACUAUCAUAAAUGACAAUAGCAAUAACCAUUAUUCAUACUCUUCCUCUUUCUUCUUCUUUCAAUGUUUGCUUAUUUCUGUCAUAUACAUGAACAAAAUCACUGCAACAAUCAAACCUAUCAUUAUGAAGCAAAACAAAGGAUUAGUGCACCAUCUCACCAACACUCAUCAACCAGCCAAGGGUGCACUUGAAUGGACUACACUUCAGUGUUUGAAGGCCAGACAUUUUAUUUUCCCUGUAUUUUAAAGUACAGUUCUGCCAUCAACUGUCACUGUAAUUUACUGGAGAAACUUACAUAAGUUCUUAUACUUAAUCAGCCUAAGGUGUUUAAUGUAUAUAUUGUUUAGCCAAAAACAAUAAUGAAACUAUCAUCAGUCACUGAAAUUAUUAUUUGCUUAAUAAUUAUUCAACACUUAAAUGGAUUUAACCAAGAGAGUCUUCAUGAAUGCCCUAUGCUGCUAUUCUUAAUUUCUAUCAUGUUUUUUUCUCUUUUUAUAGCAUCAUAUGUCUUUAUGAAAAACAUACAAUGGAAAACUGCUUAUUUAAGUUUAUUAUGGCUUUACAAGGUGACAAGAAUGACUUCAUAUCUGUCUGGUUUAUUUUAUAUCUUUAACACAUGAAGUAUGUUCCCUACAGAAUUUUUGUUACUAAAUUUAAGAAGUGUUAAAUUAACUCACUGCAUUAUUCAGCAAAUCUGAUUUAACUCUAUUCUACUUCACUGCUUUUCUCCCAUGUUUGUUCAUCUGUUGUUGCUUGGCUUUAAGUGUUAGAUGAUGUCACCCAUAAGAAGACAGUUAUUUCUUCAAACAGUAAUAAUGUAACAGUGGAAUGCUGUGAGGAAUGACAGGCAGUGAGUCUUUUGUGGUGUCUGGUCAAGGUUAUCUAUUGGCUGAUUCUGGUGGGUAUCGGCCAAACAAUACAUGAUGUAUAUACAAAUCUUGAUUGAUAUCAGUAUUUGAUCUCUAUUAUUAUUAGUUUUCUUGCUUUAUGUGUGAGAAUCUUGAAGUACUGUUUGUUAUAUGUCACAGAUUAUAAAGUCUGCAGCCAUCAUGUGUGAUACUUGUGUAAUUUAUGUACAAUGAUUCUAGCCUUUUGUGCUGCAAAGAGGUCGGUGAAAGGAUGAGGUGUCUGGAAUUGUGCUUCUGUAAUCCUUUACAGUGUGAUGUUAUUAAACUGUAUGCAGAAUUUAUUAGGAAAAUUAUGUAACAUGUACUUUGAAAAGUAUAUUGAAAAUCAUGUUUUCCCUUAAUUGUACUAGAUCUUAAUAAAAUGUCAUUUUUGACAUUAUUA